UGUACAUCAUCAAAUUUUUAAUCAAUGAUUUAUUUUUUUCAAACAAAAAAUGUUUAUAAUAUAAUCACUUUGUUUGUGUACGGCUCUUGAUGUGGGCCAAAGAUUCGAAUGUUUUUAAGAUUCGAAUAAAUUCUGUUUUAGUUAAUUGUGAAUCAUUUAAUUAUUUAAAUAUGAAUUGGACCGGUGGUCAUUUGAAUAAAUUUCGACGACGAAAAAUGACCCGUAAAGAUUUUGAAAAAUUAAAAAUUGAAGAAAAUAUUAAACGUCGACAACAGGAAAAAUGUUUGAAAGCAAAAGAUAAACAAUCAAACUAUUCGAAACCAGUAAUUUUGAAAGGAAUUUUUAAUCAAACAAUUAUCCGUUCAAAGUAUUUUGAAUUACAUGACAAUCUCCUAUCAAAACCUGUCGAAUUGAUCGAAAAUAAUAAUAAUGAUUGUCAAGAUGAAAAUGAACAUCCCAAUAAAGGAAACGAUGAACAGAUUGUCAUACCAUUCAAAGAAUUUGCUGAAAUUUAUCCCGAAGAUGAAAUCAAUCCAGAUGAAAAUCGUAUUGUUUUUGAACCAAAUGAUUCGGAAAAUGAUGAUAAUAUAUGAGGUUGAUUCUAUUUGUCAUUUAAACCGGAUUCAAAAAAAAACACAGUCCAUGACAAUGUCCAAAAUCCAUUAUCACUAAAGUACCUCAUUAAUUUCAUUAAUCAUUAUUG